UACACAAUGUCUCAAGCUGCACCAGCGCUGAUCAUAAGAUAGAAUGUAUCAAAGCACAAUUUUCACCCGGUAACCAACAUAUUAUGAAGCAGCUGGUCAGGUGCCUGUGGUCCAUUUAGCCAGGCCUAUUUAUUUUCAGGCAAAGGAGGGCUAUGGUCAAACGUUGCAGUGGGUGAGGUGCCCGCUGCGAUGUUCGCAUGGCGGGGGGAAGCCCAGCCUGGAGUCCCUUGCACCCGAGCCCGGGCUUCCUGCUCAAGUGCGGCAAGGAGCACGAGAAACUCAAGCUCCGCAUCCGUUCGCAGCUGCAGAGCCACAUGCUGAGUCUGUUUGAAGACGGACUCUUCUCGGAUGUGACCAUCGAGUCAUCACCAGGUGACUCCUCCGAGGGGCUGGUGCUGAAAGCGCACAAGGCAGUUCUUCUGGUGAGGGUACCUGCCUUUUGGAAGCUUCUUGUCGAGAAGUGUGCAGUCUCCGGCAAAGGCACAAAUGAGUUCAUUGUGCCUCUUGACAAGGACUUGUUGCGGGACUUCCUCAGGAGUGUCUACUCCGAUGACGACAUUAGAAAAAAAGAACAUGACAUCCUUCGAGCCCUGUGCACUCGGGAUGGCUCUCCGUCCACUGACGAUGAAGGUGGUGACGAAGACUUUCAGGACAUGACUGGCGAGACAAAUACUGACGAAGGAACUCAAGGAACAGCCGAGAACAGUGCACCUAGUGGGCCAGGCAGAGACAUUGAUGGCGCACUUAGUGGUUCAUUGGGUCAAAUGGGUGCUGAGGACUCAUUGGAGAACUUCCGUGCAUGCUUUGUAAAUGACAGUGAUGCCAGCUGCACGGAUAACCAUGCUCCAACAACUAGCAAUUUGGAAGAGCCCUUGGACAGCCUAUGUGACAACAGCCAAGUGUAUGACGAAAGUCAGGCUUGCGAUGAUGUGUCUGAGAACCGAGACGAGUGUUCUGUCAGCAUGAGCAGCAGCAUGGUGCGGAGUGGUACAUUUGACCUGCAGAGCCAGAUGCCACUCGAAGUGGCCAUUGAAAAAUGGAAUGGGGAUGAGACUGCAGCUCUGAUUGGUACUCGGGAGUGUGAGGAGCAGCGGGCGAAUGCAGAACCAAAAGCUGUGGAUGACCAUAAGACAGGUGCAAAAGUGUGUGUAGAGCAAGAUGGAAAGUCUCUGGCUCCGAUGCCGGCAUUUUUCUUGCAUGAGAAAUCGCCUGCUCCUAUGCCAGUAUCGUACCAAUGCCUUCCCAGGACACCCAAGGUUGCCGGGCAGUUGGGGGAAAGGGAGGGUUCAGCCGGUGCCUUUGGAAUGAAUGAUUCAGGCUUUCUCUCCCAGAACACAUCAGUUACUGAGGCGGUGGCUUAUGACAGCCUCAAUGACACAAGGAAAGCACCCUUGCAGAGUGCCACAGAACACGGUGAAAGUAGGGCCAACCAAGGACGCCAUUCAUCUGGCGCACUGUUCCCCUUCUACAUUGACAUGAAUAAGGCAAGAGCAGAAGAAAAGCAAUCUCAACAACAGAGAGAGCCCUCAAACCAGGGUUCCUCAUUAUAUAUGUACAUAGACGCCAAUGGAGACACUAGUGCUAGCCAGGUGCAAAAGAGGUCACCAUCAAGCAAGUCCAAGGCAGAUGGCGAUUCAUCAAAGCGGCCACAGUCCUGUUACAUGUAUGUUGACUUCAACACAGUUCACCAUGAAGAAUCUCAACCUGAUGAGAGGUCAUCCUCGCGCACGAUGCCACGAACCUUGUCUCUUUCCAUGUUCAUUGACAUCAAUGAUGACCACAGUGAGAGUGUAGUCUGUGCCCAAAAGGCAUACAGUAACUACCAGGGAAACCCAGCAAAAGAUGGCGAGAAUUCUGUGGAGGGGCAGCGAAGCAUUGUUGAGCACCGCAUGUGGGAACACUUCGAGCGCGAGGAGAUACUGGUCGUGUCGGAGGAGAUCCCUGCAGCUCCACAGCCCACUAGGCCUUGCCCCGCUGUCAGCGGCAACGUGUCUUCUCCGAGGCGGGCUGCAACUGACUAUAUGAUGGUCGAGCCUUCUGAUGUCUGCUUGCUCCCAAUGAGCCCGAUUCUCCGGCGCAAGGCAAAGCCAGAGCCUGUAAAGCCAGCACCUAGGACUUUGCCUGUAAAGUCGUCUAUACGGCCCCAAGAUGUUGAUGCCAUGACCUUUCGCAGGCCUGAGCCAUGUGGCGGGGAGGACAGCGAUUCCCUAGAGCAUGAGAGUGACAGGGAAGCUGAUGUGCCAAAAAAGAAUUCACUGCCAAAAGAGGAGGAGCUCGCAGCAGCAGCAAUGGUCAAAGGAAGUGACAGUAGAUCAGACCCAUCAACGUCGCUUGCUAAAAAACCAGAACCUGAUGUUCCUGUGGUCAAGGCUCAAACAAGUGCAGUCCAAGAAUCUCCUGCUAUCACUUCCAGGGAAUCGAUAAGCAGGCCCCCCUUUUCGCCUGGAGAUGGUGACGAUGAUUCAGAGACUGUCUACUCGGAGGUGUCUGAAGUGAGUUGCCUGUCGAGCAUCGACAAGAGAAUGCAGGAGUCAGGCUGCAGCCCAGAGAGGCUGGGUGCUUGCUCCAAGCUGGGAGAUGACCUACUCAGGAUGUUUAUUGGCCAGGUGGAGACAGAUGUCACAAUUCGUGUGGAAGGCAAGGACAUCGGUGCACACAGGUUUAUCCUGGCAUCACGUUCUGACUACUUCUCGCUCAUCUUCAGGAAGGAAUUUGCAGCUGAGGAGAGUGAGACAAUCAGCAUGGACGGGUUCACGCACGGUGCAGUAGUGUUUGCUCUUCACCACCUGUAUGGCGGCACAGCUAGCCCUCCACGAGAGGUGCACGUCUCGGAGCUGGCACUACUGGCUGAAGUGCUUGGCGUUGACAGCUUGCGACGGGUGGUGCUGUCUCAUGUGCGCACCUACUACUGCCACUUCUUCCACAAGCCUUGCAGUCAGUGCAUAGCGGGUGUGGCCGAAUGCCUGCAGAUGGCACCGUGCUGCAGUGGGCUACGGGAGUUGCAGACACGCGCUGUACAGUGGGUAGGGCGCCACUAUGUUCGUGUCUGGCCUCAUCGGGCCUUUGCUACUGUUCCCGAACACUGGCAGCAGCAGUGCUAUGCCGCCACACUACAGGCACUGACGGCGGAGACAGCUGUUGACAUGGCCCUGAAUUGUGAGCGGCUGUCUGUGACCUUGCCACGGGUGCGGUGGGCCGAGUCGGCAUUGUCCCUGGCCAACCGCCUGUUGCAUGACUGUGUUGGCCUCAUGUCGCGGGAGUUUGACCAAGUGCUUCAGAGCAAGGGCUUUCUUGAUCUUGGAAAGGGCCAGAGCUGGAACAUCACUGCUCUUGAGGACGCGUUGCUGGCAGCAGUAGAAGGACUGACCCCUGAUGCAGCCUGUCUGUCGUGUAUUGUCCUCGCGCGGCUGCUGCCUGAAGAUGACAGCCAACAAGCGCAGUGGACGCAGAACUUCACCGACUUGCUGCGCAAGAUUCAGCGGCAGUGUGAACGGUUCCUGAUCCACAAUGCCAAUCGUGUGGUUCACUGCCAGAGCUGGUCGUCCCUUUCCCCACAACUUCAAAAGAAGAUCAGGGAUGCUGCAGUCAUUGUGUUUGAGUUUGAGAAGCCCAUUGCUCCACCACCAAGGCUGUCCAGCUUACGACGACCUCGGCGCAAGUCUGCAGGAGGUACAGGGACUACAGGUACUGGUGGUGAUGCCUCAAAGGAUAGUGCAUCACCUUCACCUGCUCGGAGGCCACGAUCACUUGCCCGGGGUGUCUCUUCUUCCUCACCCAAGACAUCGGGCAGUGACUCAUCCGAGUUGCAUGGGCCAACCCCACUUUCAGCAGCGGCAGCUUCUCGACCCAUUGCUCUUACCAGGAGGUCAACUGCUGGCAGCACAGGUGGUCAGGGGGUGUCCAGCCAAUCAGAUGGCAAGCGCACUACAGUGUCACCAGUUGACUCAAAAGCUGCUGUUACGGGUGCCAUGUCUGAAAGCCUAGAGAGCUACCGGGAGUCUUCAUCUGACUCUGGAAAGGAACAGGUGCGGUCGGCCCCAAGAAUAGAGAAGAAGAUGGCAAUAGGUGCUCGAAAUGCCAGAGCUCGAAUCACCAGAGGUGCUCGCUCUUCUCCCAAUGUGCCGAGAGACCUCGGUGCAAGGCCGAAGUCGGUGGCAACGUGGGCUGCCCCUCUAGCUCAGAGCGCCCCAAAUAAUGGUGGUAUUGCAGGUGAAAGAGGCAGCGAUGUUGGUUCAAGCUCGCCUAUUCCCUUGACAGUGUGGGCCAACCCGCAGUCACGGCCACCAACGCAGUACUUCCAGAGCCUGAGGCAGGUCCAGUCCAAAGUCGACUCGGGUCGACCUGUUCAUCGCUGUUCAGGACAGGUUGUGCGCGUGCCUCCAUUCACCAUCAAGAGUGACAUGCCACCUGCCACUGCUGCCAUAGAUGGUGGCACUGCAGCAGCAGAAGUGGUGAGACCAUCUGACCAGCAGCACAGCGUUCAACGGGGAAGUACCCUGGGCAUUGCCAGCAACAAUAACAAUCUUGUAGGCAAUGGUGGUGCAGAUGGAGAGGAGGAAGAAGACGCGUGUGACAACUCAUCAGCAGCAACAGGUGAACCCUCGCCUGAUGCCUCACCAGACUUCGUGGCUGAGAUUGAUGCAGAGUCCAACCUUGUCAGCCACUGCCUUCAGGAGGCAGAGCUGCUGGAACGUGAGCUCUCGCGGAAGCUUCGCAAGCAGAAACGGGGCACGGAUCCAGAUGUCGUCCCCUACACAAGGCCACCUGCGCUACGAGGUGGCGCUACAGCGUCUGCUUCCGGAGCAGCCUCUGGGAACCUUCCACACCGACGCCGUGCUGCUUCCACUUCUGAGACAAGAGUGAAGUCUAGCGGCGGUCCAUUGACUGCACACUCAAGAGCUGCAUCGCUGCAUGGCCCACUGCCUCCGUCUGCGAGGAGCCCGUCGUCUGCUUCGGCAGCAAGAUCUACGCACAUGACUAGGUCUCAUGGCACAGGGGGUGCCACAAUGGUUGUAAGGAUUCCUGGAGUCUCUGCUCCUGCAAUGCACCUUCAUGGCAGAGCAGUCUCUGGGUCAGAUUCAAGGCCACCACAGAGAGUGUCUGGCAUCGCUGUGUCCACAAAGCCAAGCAUUCGCCGGUGAUGACACUGAAAAGUUGCGUUUUAACAAAAAAUUUGUUCACAUAGUAUCCUUGGCUCAAAUGAUGUGUGCCAGGACUGUAUUCACCAUCUUCAAGCAACUACAGUGCAGCCGCAAGCUUGAAAAAAUUACGUGAAGGCUAUUUUGAUGCAAAGUUAGCCAGAAGUAUCUUACAGCGUGUUCACUCAACUGCAAAUGCUUUCUUUGCAUGAGAAUGUUGCACUGCUGAGGUCGUGGUUGAGGGUUUGAUCCUGGCCGCGGCGGCCGUAUUUUGAUGAGGACAAAAUACGAAAAUGCUCGUGUACUUAGGUUUAGGUGCACAUUACAGAAUCCCAGGUGGUCAAAAUUAAUCCGGAGUCUCUCGCUGGCCUGCCUUAUAAUCAGAUUGUGGUUUUUGCAUGAAAGAACCCAGAAUAUAAUUUAAUUUUACAUCGGAGCUCUGAGGAGGUUUAAUUUCUCAUGGCAUGACCUUGCAGACUAUAAUUGAGAGGUACACUGAGGUAGCCACACAAAGAAGUACCGUAAAAAUCCGUGUAUAAUACGAAGUUUUUUCUAAAUUUUACCAUGUAAAAUUUCUGCCUCGUAUUAUAUGCGGAUCCCAAAGUUUUCAGCGUAAAAUUUGCAGUUUCGGGUUCGUUUUUUCUCACUGCUAUCAUGAUCAAGACUUAGCGGAGUAUGCGUCAUCUUGCGGUGGCGUCGGUAGGCUGCUGCUGCUUUCAACAGGCGCCAUUUUGACCACGCUAAGAAUCGGCACGUUCGCUAGUCUAUCCCGCACGAUGUCGGGACCGCGAAAGUAGUAACCAGCUGCCUUUAAAAGGAAAGUUAUUUUAGCUGCUGAGGCCAUAUAAAUUGCGCCGCAGGGCGGUACUUCGACGUCACCGGGGGUAAAGCCCCUAUAUAUAACAAGUAGCGCCAUUCUUAGAUCUUGCCACCACCGCGCUCACCCCGGCAUUUCCUUCUCGCCGCCUCCAGUCGCCCCAGCCUCCUCCGCUCCCCCAUUGGCCAAUCCGUGUCACGUGGAAGCACGCGUGGCGCUUUUCUAUAUCCCCUUCAGUCACGGCGUACACAUUUGUGUACGCGACUUAUUUUCGCAAUUUCUCUGCAGUGGUGUCAAGGAAUAGAUCGCGAACAUUAAGCUUAUAGUAACUUGAAAAUUCCGCUUACCUAACGCACCUCCAUUUUAUUUCUGAGUGCAAUGUGUCAUUAUAGACGACCGCUUUGGUGAAGGCACUACCGUGUUUGACGGGCUGUUCGACGUGAAGCGGUUUGGUAGCAGCUGUGAAAUAACUUUUCCUUUCUAGUAAUGCUUGCAGCGAAUAAUUAAAUUGUGUAUGUAAUUCGAGCGGUUUACUAAAUUUAUUUUAUGAAGAAACGUAGUAUGACUGACUGAUCACUAAGCAGAUAUUCGAUAACUCUAUAAUUAUAAUGAGUCAUCAUAAUAUGCACAAGGAGUCCUUCCACUACCUAGAUUUGCUUUCAAUGGAGCAUGCAGUACCUUGGCAUAAAUAUUUGUAAAUUUCAUACAUUUAUCGAAAGUCUAUUAUAAUUCGUGACAAGGGGAUAUUUUUUCUUUCCAGCACGCUCUGACCGCCAUUCUCGGGCCUGUGCGACGAAAGUGAUGUACGCACAAACUGGUCAAACGGGUUAGGGACAAGAACUUCGUUGUGAUGGCAUGCUGCUGCGCAUUAAGUUACCGCAGGCGACAAGGCCAGGGCAAAAGGCUUUUUUGUUUACCAUCCGGCGAGCGCAAAUGCUUGCUGCACACUUGGUAUUUGCGCCGUCUCGCAUCGUUGCGUUGCUACUUCCAAAGAGGCAUCAUUAAGGCCAGUUACUGACUGACGAAGCAAAAUCGCGCCUUAAAAACUGCUCUGCAGGGCGCGAUUGAAGUUUUCCACGGAUUUCCUCUGGUAGCGCAGAUUUCCUCUGCUCUGCCAUGGCAGGCCCGAUGUAGGCGGCGCCACUGUCGCGCCUCGAUCGCGCGGGCCGUGCCGAGCGCGACAGCGGAACGGAGGAGGAGGGAAGUGGUUGGCGCUACUUUUUAUAUAUAGGGGCUUUAACCGGGGGCAGCGUUCACAGCUGGGAUGACAUCCCAGUUGCAAAGUUGCAACGGCGGCAGAUAAGCGCAUUUGGCCUUAGCAACGCCGUCGCUUCGGUGGCAGUGGCUCCCCUCGCCAUCCCUCUCAACUCCCUCGUAGCUCCCCCCACCUUCGACUGGCUCCGCGCGCGUCCGCUGCCGCUCCCGUCGACGUGGCGCCAACGUAGCCCUUUCCCUGAAGUUUCGUUUUCUGCUGUUGUCGGGAAGUUGGCCGAGACGUCGGCUCGUACAAGCGUGUUCCGGCGCGACGGUGAAACGGCGACCUUGCUAUUUGAGAGUAAAAUUGCCGCCGCGCUUUUUUUUCGUUUUCUUUUUCUCCGUGUGGCGUUGAGGGGUCUAUCCUAAGCUUUUGCUCUAUGACGGUGGCGGAGUAAUGUCGGUCGGAGGCGCCGCCGCGUGAUUUGGAGCGCUGCUGAGGGCAUUGUCGGUGCGCCGUAUGUUUGAAUUAACCGUCGCAAAUGCUUUUGCGUUCGAAUUACCGGGCGUUUUCGCCCAUAGCAAUACACAUAACUUUGACGGGACCACAGCGUCAGUUCGAAUUAAGCAUGUUCGAGUUAACGAGAUUAGAUUAUCAAUGCUUUCUGUGGGUUUUCCUCGCUCGCAUUAUAUGCGGGUGAAAACUUUUUUUUUCGUUAUUGCUAUCCCCAAAUAACACCUCAUAUUAUAUGCAGGUCCAUAUUAUACGUGGGUUUUUACUGUAGGUAUUGUGCCCUUUAGUUCCAGAAUGCUUGUGGCAGCUUAUGUUUUAACUUUUCAAACUGAUAGUAUCCUUAGUUGCCAAGGCAGAACAGAGCAGUCUCACUGUAUGCUAGACUAGUGCAACAACAGCACUAACACGUUGCUCUCUGCUUUUUAGUCAUGAACUUCCCUGCUGUAUUAUAGCAAAGCAUGCCAAAUAUUUCAUUUUUUCAUGUGCUCUUGUCAUGAAAAAAAAGGUCAUCCACUUGAGAGCAGCACGAAGCUACAAAAAAAAAUCCUUCGCAGUUGUCUUGGUCAGGGGAUUGAACCCAGGACCAUCGCCUUUCUGGGGCAGUCGCUCUACUAUCCAAGCUAACCAGUGGCUAGCAGAUCAAAGAGCUAGGCCAAAUUAAUCGACAACUCGGAGCAAAGGUACAUUGAAACAACUUUAUGCUGCUGUCAGGUGGAUGACAAUUUUUCCCUUUCAUAAAUAGUCCUCCAUCUUUGAAGAUUUCCACACAACUAAUUUGCCAUGCUCUUGUCACGUAAUGGAACAAUAGUUGCAAGCAUUCUAAAUCUAGAUGUCGAUAAUCUUGCGAGUUUUUGGGGAACUGUUUAAUUUCAAAUUUGCUUUCGAACAUGUUUGCUCAUUGGUCAUCCUAGCAUGUAUGAGAGAGCAACGUGUAUAAGAUGUUAUUUCCUUGGCAGUUGUAUCCAAAACUGCUAAGGUAGUAAGUUAUAACUAAAUAAAUUUGCAGUUUCACUCAAAAAAUGAAGCAUUAACAGUUAUAGCAAGGUAUUAGAAUAUUACAUGAACUAAAGCUGACAGUUUCAUGGGCAGUAUAAAUUGCAGUAAACAAUGUCUUACUAACUAAACGUGUGCUGUCAAAGAAACUACGAGAGGGCAUGUCACACAGCCACGCUUCACAAGUGACCGUUCCAUGCUGUUGCUGCCUUUACCAUUUCACUGUGCCAUGCCUCCGAAACUCAACAGAUCAUGUGACCUCCAACACUUAGUGCACGGGAACGGAGCGCGCUUCAAGGCACCAGUUUUCUCACCUUAACUGCUUGCUCUCACAGAAUCGGCCUGGCACAUGUCUUUCUCUUUCCUAGCCUUCCAUUACUUCAGUUGCCCUCUGGAGCGUUGUGCUAGGUUCGCUCUGUUUAAGGUUCAAGGACAAUGUAAGUUGAGACAGCCUUCGGGUGAUGGGAAAUGGAGUGGGUGCAAUCAGUGUUGUUGUUUUUUCCCUUUUUUUUCACCACCUGAAACAGGCUGCUCGUGAACUGAACAGCACGCAUAUCUGUAGGAGUGUGCACCUGAAUAUGCGUGUGCGUGCACGCGUGCUGGAGUGUCCUUGUAAUUGCUAUCACACUAAUAUUUCUAUACAUGUGUGAGACUGCUCUAGUGCUAUUGAGGUCGCCAUUAAGUUACUAAAUUGGAGUAGGAGGUGGUAUCAGGGUACCAUUGUUUCUAGAAUGUCUGUAAAAGAACUGCAGCUUUUAGUGUAGUCCUUUCACUCAGUGAUUGCACUCAUUUAAAAAAAAAUUUCUUGUACUGUGAAAUUUACAGCAACGCAAAGAGAAGCUUGUAUAUGUGCAUAGUUGUAUGUUUGUUAAUCAACUGCGAGCAGUUGUCAGCUUACAUUUAAAUGUCUGGAUAACUUCAGGUUAAUGCACGUGUAACAUGGAUCUGAAUGGCAUGAGAAUGUGCCGUAAUCUUGACUUAAAAGACAAAUGUCCACAAACAAACCAGUGCGUUAUUGAAACCAGUAUUUACCAAGCUGUGCAAUUUCUGUUGAAAAGAGUUGUAAUUCCGAGUGUAAUGAUAAGGUGUUAAAUAGAAACUAUUGCCUCUGAUGUGGUUAAACAUAGUGUGUUGGGGGCACAUUGCUGCACAGUCACUCACUGUGCUAACAGUAGAUAACGGUCACAGGUGGAUAAUGUGCUCGUCUUAUCGCUACUCCAAUGUACAGGCGAAGUCAUAAUUAUGUAGUGUCAGAGGCAAGGAAAUGCAGCUGUGCUAAGGUGCGGCUUACUCUCUUUACAUGUGUGUUACUAAUGCGGCUGUGUGGGAGAUGUGUGUACAGCAUUUGUGCAGGCUUUUUUUCUUUUUUUCUCUUUUGUGAAGCCUAAGUAGCGUCCAUGUAAAACAAAUUAGGCUGCUUCCAGACACUAGCACCAGGGGCACUCAGGUCACCUUACGCAACUUGCACCAGUUUUGACAUAAGAUUUGACAUCAUAGUAGAUGUUUAUUUCCACUAAUUACAUGCACAACUCAAAAAUUGUGCUCAUAGUGUAAGCCGAUACUCUGUAUCAAGGUCUUUGCAGAAAUGUUUUAUCGAAACAAAAGACUGCACAAAGAGAAGGCACUAUGCCCUGCUCACCUUUUCCAUACUGGCUGUUCAUUUUUUAUAUUUCUGAAUGCUGCUGUGGAAACAGCUCUCCUUGGGACACUCACAGCAUGCCAGGCUGUGUUGGGCUGGGGCUAUCCCUUGCCCAAUGUCCAACACAUGAGGCACCACAGCAGGCAUCCAUGCCAUUUGCUUUUAGUUCUUUCCCUUUGUGUGUUUGGAGAUUUCUACACCUCCUGAUAUUGUGGGUUCCCGUUCAAGAGAGUAUAUAUUGUUCAUGUUUAGCUGAGUUUUGGUAUUUACAUAAUGUGUUAUACUUUUUCUACAUCACUGAUGAAACAAUGCUCAUGUUGGUCCAAACAGUCAUACCUGAUAUGUAUUUAUGAUAUCAUAUGUUGUUUUUGCUAGAUCUGUUUGGUACAUUUUGUAUGGGCUGUUUCCUUUGCAGCUCUUUGUAUGUCUGUGUGUGUUCUUUUAAUGACCUGCUUGAGACCAAAGAUUUUUGCACCAUCUUUAAAAUGCUGUUAACCAGUGGGAGUUGUUCCUUUGGCUGUAGUUUUUCAUGACUGAUGCCGCGCAAAAAGCAUCAAAAUGAAGGCCUUCACAAGCGUGCAUUGGUGGUCUGACACACCACCGACCAUUUCUUUUUUAUAUAAGUACUACAAUACAGUGCUGUCCACGUAUGAUACUACUUGUAGCAAUUAUCACUCAUAACACUGGGAACAUAUUGUCUGUUAGUACAUCUUAUAGUGAAGGUUUGCAAAUUCAGGCACCAGGCGUAGCAAUGCGUAAUUUGAUACUUUCUUAUGAUAUUACAAGUGGACUGCAUUGUGUUUCAGCUGCUUCCCAAAUGCCAUUCGUCUUCUCUUGUUUUUUUUCUUCAUGAGUGCAGUUAAUCAGACGGCACCUUGCUUUCCACCACUAAGGAUUGCACAUUUGUCAUAGGACCAUGUAUGUACAUGUAUUGGAUUUAUCUUUUACAGUCUCAAAAGUGCUUGCCUUCAGAUGCAAUUUUCAGCACAUUUCCUGCUCCCAUACGUCCACAGAAAAAAAUAGUUGGCCAAAACAAGCUGCAAACAAAAAUGUAAUAUAUCCCGACUGCCUAUAGUUGCACUACCCGGAAUUGACGGCUGUAUUGUGGCAACUGCAUGGCUAAGCAAAUAGGGCACAUAUUAGUACCUUUCAGCUUUAAUGCAAUGACGUUAUGGGGCUUACUACCUCCAAUCUGUGUAACAAGCUAUUUCAUAGAUAUUUUGAAAAUGCCACCACAGUGUGCAGGGGUUGACCAGAACAGAUGGUUGUCAUGCGUGCUGCUGGGCAAUUUGGUAAUUCAGGGUUUCUGAAAAUAGCUCGAGAUUUAUUACACUUGGUAGAAGAGAUCACAGAACUUAGCCUUUCAUAUUGAAAGCGAGUGGAAUUAAUGCAUUUGGGCAUGUGUCCCCCCCCCCCCCCCCACAGGUGCAAUAAUGUAUGAGGGCUACGUAGUGGAAAUAAGCAGUGACAACAUUCACUUCAAAUCUGCAAAUCCUAAUGACAUUUUAAUUUUUUUGGGUCCGUGUAUAGAGAUCCCAGCACUUCUGUUAACUGCUGCCAUGGUCCUUGUUUAGUUUUGUCCAUAGGUGUGCACCUGCCCUCGUCAGGUUUCAGAAUGCAGCCACUAUAGAAAAGGCUGGAAAUGUGCUUAGACAUGCAGCUAGCUAUUGAAGCAUGCAUUGUGCAGGCCUGCAUGCAACAUAAGCAGUGAGUGUCCCGAUUUCUGGCCUGUGCACUCAGGGCCAUGAAGUGAUUUCAAGAGAACACUUCCUUUUCUUGAAAUCCGCAUUUCAAUGACUUGUGCGAGCAGCUACACAUUGUGCAUGUAUGCAUGUUACAGGGUUUAAUUGUGUUCAGGCCCAAGGAGACUGCGCAAUAUUUUAUUUAAAGAUACUUUCUAGUGCCAUUCACAUUUGACAUUUUAGUUUAUAUAGUCGAACCUGGAUAUAUCAAACCCGCAUAUAACGAAUUAUUGCGUAUAUGGAACAGCUGCAAAAUCUCCUUUAAAAUUUCUCUAGAAUUUUUAUUUUACAUAUAAAAUUACCUAUAUAUCGAACUUUUUUGUGAUCCCCUUCAGAUUCGAUAUAUCUGGGUUCGACUGUAUUUGUCUCCCUUGCUUGGAGCAGUCAUAGAAUACAUAUUGCUUGAAUGAUGCUACAAACAUUAUAGCUGUAGGAGUUGUUCAGACUUAAACUUAGAGUAGAGUCGUAGUGGGUUUCAUUUUAUAGUAGUUGAAUUUCGUAACCAAGCUUAUGGUUAUGGCUAUAUAUGCAUGAUAUAAUUCAGUUGGUAUGCUUUUACGAUAUGCUUUCUAUAGCAUGUUUAUAUCGAUCAUACUUUUUUAUUUAUUUUUAUUAUAGUAAGACUUUACAGGUAGUGCUUGUGUAUUGGGGUUUUGCCUUUGUGUCAUGACAGUUUAUCUUUUUUCCCCGAAGAAGCUGUGCCUAUGUUUACAUGUACGAUUAUGUCUGAGGUGGAAUGCACACUAGUCUUGUACAGCAAAAAUCCAGGUGCCAUAACAAAAUGUACUGGCAGGAAAAGGAAUGCAGCAAGGAGAGAGGUAAUUGCCACAAAUUUUUAUGUAACAGCAUAAAGUUUUGCCAGUUUUCAUGCUGCUAUGUGCACAUUGCAAGUCACAGUUUGCCUGCGUGAUGAAAGUAAUGAUGUACAAUUUAUUUGGGAAUAUAAAACAUGCACAGAGUGUAGACUGCAUUUUGCAACCCUUUCUGUACGUUGAAGAAACACGUACGCAGUUGCUAUAUCACAUUGUUGUGCCAGGCGAGGAUAUUAGACCUAAAAUCUUACCUGAACAGUAAUUUGCAUUCCCCUGUGGCUUUCUGAAAUUCCCACCCAACCUUUGUUGUUGUAGGCUGAUAUAGGAGUACAAACCAGCAGCUUGCCAAUUUCUUAAUAACUAGCAUAACUUGUCGCUGGGUGAAUCACCACACUUUCUCGAUGAAAAUCAGUCUCCAGCAUCCUAGGAAUCCUAGGAAAACCUCUGGCUAUUCAAAACUCUGCCUGUACGGAAUUUUUUAGAGAAAAAAAAAUUCUUGCAGGAAGGAAUUCAUGAUGGCGUACCUUUUCAUACCCAAAACAUCUGAAAGCUUUGUUAAAACAGGUCAUGCAGCCCAUUUGAGUCUGCUUAGAUUGUGUGUGUGAUGCAAGUUGUCAUCUGUUACCAUGUAAGCUGGGUCUGUCAGCUCCAAAACACGUUUGUAGGUGCCUUUUAUUAAUUUUUUUAUUAGCUUAUGUGUUAAUGUUUGCUGCACUCAGCCAUUUAUCCUCACUGUGAAUGGCAUGGCCUAAGAGGCAAUUCAAGUUUACAUUGCUUGAUUGUGUGAUGGCUAGUCAAUCUGUGCUAUCUACUUGACUUCUAAAAACAAGCAAAAAAAAAAACACAGGUGCUUGAGUUUAUCAUAGGUGUGUAACAAAUACUCCUACCAUCUCACUAGCUAUGCAAUGUGUACGCCAUUUUUCUUAUUGCUGUUCUGGCUGCUUGCUUGAAUCUGGGCCCCAGGUGUUGUUUGCCACUGAUAAAUGUGCCUCUGAGCUGAAUAAUUAUAUGGAAAUGACCUAGCAGGUAAAAAAGAAAAACAAAGUAAGUGAGCAGUCGGAAACUGCAACCAUCUUCAUUGCACAUGGAAAAAAAUUAUCAAUGGUUGUAACUACAAAAGACUACUCCAGUCGAAAUAUUUUCUUGACUUUGCAAACAUGUUACCUUUCUGAGCAUUUCUGUCAGAAUGAGCUGGAACAUAUUUUACAGUGCUUUCAAGGACAUUGUUCUGCUGGUUUCUCUCGCGGCCUUGUAUGACAGUGGCACUAGUGGCUUUCAGGUCCUGCAAAGCUAAGUAGAGUGGGUUAUGUAUAACUUGACCCUCUUUCAAAGCAGAACUGUAUUCCAUGCACAGUGCAGAGUGUCCCUGUGUGUCUCAUUUAAUUUACUGUGUCUAACGCAGACUGCCUCCUGAGCAUUUGUGAAUAGCGAACUACCUUGGUCCUACAUUUUAACUUAAAAAGUGAAGGGGGAAAGAAGUGUAAUAUUUAGGGAAGAUGUAUGAUUGGAAUAAUGUGAUCUGAAUUGGGUAGGUUCAGAAGCUUGCCCCCUUCCUUUGUGAAUGCAUGAAACGGGAAAGGUAUGGACUAUGAACCUUUCAAUCGGCAAGGCUCUGCUGCGUUUUUUGGAUGCUCUAGCUGUGUCCUCAUUUACAUUGUCAAAGUGCUUACCCUGUAUGGUUCCAGAGAGUUAAUAGUAAUUGGAGGCUGAUAAGCUUAACGUUUCUAUGACUUUUGUAUUUAUUCUUGCAUAAACCUAGUCCUUUGGAUGCCUUAAACACCCUUCUUUAAGCAUUGCAAGAAAUACUGGUCCACAGUAUUAUGCAAUUAUAGCCUUCAUUCCAAUAUUAUUAAUAAAAUGGGCCAGUUUUCAUUUGCAGACAGCACUUUUGCACCAUGCUAGACCAUGCUAGGGUGUAUAUUGAUUUGUUGAUUUGCCUUCUUCCUUUCCAGUUGGCACCACAAUGCCUACUGAUUUACAUAUGCCCUAGUGCUAGAGCAGAUAGUCAGUGUUAUAUUUUAGAAGUGCUACACUAGGGUGAGACAGAGCAGCCUGCAUGGCACAUCUCUAAAGUUCCUGAGCUGCUUUGCAAUUGUUUGGAUUCCAUUAGAGGUCAGUGGUAUCCUUUGUAAUUGACUCAAGAUAACCGCUUCGAACAGGCGUGUAAGCUUACAAGGUUGCAAUUUUAACCAAAAAGUGCUAAAAAACAUCUGCCAGUAAAAACCUGUCGAAUCUGUGAAAACCUAAAAGAAUUUGAUGCUUUGUCUUUAAGUAACUUUCUCCAAAUGGUUGUGGUGCGCUGAUGUCAUUUGGGCCACCACAUGUUUAUUUGCAGAAAAAAAAAUUCUUGCAUUCUUUCUGAAGCGUGAAGUGGUGUAGGAUAAUAAGUGAAUGGGCAUAGAAGGAACAGAGUACCAAGAAACAUUAAAAAAUCUUGCAGAAGCAUCGCUCCUCCCAACUUUUUACCCAUGUUCACUUCUACGUAAUACUAUAAAGUGCAUAUGUCAGCAUGAAGUUUUGUCAAAUCAAUGAAAGGGCAAUUUUAAAACGGGAAAAGUGCCCACAUUGCUGGACUUCUUAUUUGUAUCGAAAUUUUCCACUUUUAUGUUUUUCACCAAACGUGGUUGCAUUUUAUGAAGGUAUCGCACUUGACAGAUUUUCUGUGUCAGUCAGGAGAGUGGCAGGGGCAUCUAUAAUGCUGCAUUUAUCAUCUGGCCAACUUGGGUAUAGCUAAAAUUCUGUUCAAAAAUUUGUUCAGUCACGGGUUCAUGUGUUUCGUGUAUCACAGAAAUCAUGCACGUCAUUGUGUUCUCUAGACAGGUUCACAGUAAGAUGGAGACUCACCCGCCAUGGUAGCUUAAUGGCUGUGGUGUUGAGCGGCUGAGCUUGAAGUCGUAGGUUCAAGUCUGGCCACAACAGCCACAUUCCGAUUGGGGCAGAAUGCAGAAAAGUUUGUGCAUGUUAAAGAACGCCCAGGUGGCCACUACAGCAUGCCUCAUAAUCAGAUCAUGAUUUUGGCACAUAAAACCCUAGAAUUUAAUUAAUUAACGUAAUUAAGAUGAAUACUUUAAUUGGCAAACAAGGUCAAACAAGGGAUGUCAUGGACUGUUGCCACAUUUCGGCAUGGGUACUUGUUUUUGUCAGAGCAACAACUGUAGAGCUGAGCUGUUCCCCUUCAUUGAAAUUGUUGCUGCAGUCCAAGACAUCCCUUGUUCAGCCACUGCUGUUCUCUUCUAGGAGCGAGUGCAUAGAAUGAGCAGGCACCCAGGGACCCAGGGAACACGAGCUGUUGUUGAAGAUGCUUCUCACUUGGCUCUAAGGUGCAGUUGCCGAUGUUUUGUCAUUUGCAGUAAAGCCUAAAACCUUGUAUGAUACAGUUAGUAUAUAUUAAAGAGUGGUAUACUGUGCUAAGUGAGGAACCUGUACAUGUGCAGAUGCAUUUAUUGUGGCAUUGUAAUUAGUCGAACUUAGCUAUAAUGAAGUCGCAUCUGACACGAAUGUACACUCUUGUCCAGUAUGAAGAGGAAUGCCUUAGCUGUCCGCAACUCCUGCAAAUGUGCAAGUCAGAAUCUCACUCACUGCUAUUUUGUACAUUGUUCUUCUGUUGAAUAGCCCUGCUUAUGGAUCUUUCCUUCAUUACAAGCAUACAAAUCCGGUGUUCCCUUUCAUAUUGGAUGACCCUAUACAGUCUUUAUGUCUGAUAUUUGUUAUAAGCAUACAAUUGUUAGCGCCUAUAUUGGCGAGAAACUUUUUAUUUACUUUAUUAUAUCGGCAUUCUUUAUAUUGGGGUUAGACAUUAUAAUGAAUGCAUACUGCAGGCUGCAGCAACCAGAGUUUACUUCUUACCAGUAAUCACUUCAUGGCAUUUGUCUUUUUGGCAUACCAAAAGCAUUGCUUUCGUGGCAGUGAAAAACAAAACUGCCACGAGAAUUCUUUUUUUUUUUUUCAAGAAGAAACACCACGGAACUUGCUACAUGGACAUGAAUCAGUACUGGCAUUAUGUGCACAAAGGGUACCGAUAGGUGGAAAUAUUAGUAACGGGCACUUCGUUCUUUAGAGUGAGAAUCGGUGCACCUUAACAAAGUACAGAUAACUAUUCCCAGCAGGUAACUAAAUCUUAAUUAUACUUAACACAUUGCGGUGAUCUACCUUUAUCCAUCUCAUUGAAGUAUGUGAUUACUGUAAUGAGUUCUCUGGUUUUCACCUGUGGGAAAGUUUGCAUUCCUGUUUUAAUGUGCUGUUAUGCCACUGUGCAAGUUGUAGGAAGCCUUCCUGGGAGCUACUUGAAAGUGUUUUAAAUUUUGCUGUGAUUCUGUGUAAAGCGAUAGAACAACAGCUAUGGCUGCAUUAAAUUUUGUGGGGUAUUUCUAGCUGUCCUAAAAUGUUUAUGGUACUUGGGAGUUUUUCAGGCUCUAUCUAUGUUCUGUGCUGUCAGUGAAAGGGACAUUCUGUUAGGUCAUGCCAAUGUGCUUGCUUUGCUAACAGCACUUGGGAUCUGUUCAUUGAAUUACACCUUUCUAUGAGAGUAAUGUGACAUGCACAGUAGCAGCAUGGUCACAUAACUGGCUAGUAUUUUUUGCAAAUUCAAUACACUGCACUUAGUAUGCAUACACACACCACAUGUGUGUACACUUGGUUCACUGACUUUGCUUUUGUUCUGGUUUUGUAUUUGUGUGUGCCAGGAGAGGAUGCCUUUUUGUUCAUGAAGGCAAGGCUUUUUGUUCCUGAUGCUUGAUGUUCCUGUUUUUUAGGGCAACUCCAAGGUUCUUUAGAAACAUCUCAAGUAAAUAACUGUGUGCUUUAUUCCAAUUUCAUCCCUUGAGUGUGCCAAGUUGUUUAAAAGAUUGUGUUAUAUAACUUUAACAUCCUGGAAAACAUGAAACCCAGAGGUAGGUCAGAGGUAGCUCUGAGGUAGCUCUGAGGUAGGAAACUGGGUCGUGGUUUAUGUGUGCCAUUGUACCUGUUUUGCUUGGACGUCUUCGCAUGCAAUUGGACUCAUGUCACACACGUCAGUGAGGAAACCAGCCUGGUGGGGAGAGCUAGUGCACUGUUGUUUCCGUGGAAAGCUGAUGUCUGUGUUGAGUGGGGGUGCCAUCCAACCUCUCUUGGCGAUCUUACAUUGGCAUCACUUCUUAAAAGUUGAAAGUUGUUGGGCCCAAUAAAGUUGAAAUGAGUCCUUCAUGUCAACUUACUGAUGCUGAUAAAGCUUAAGCGUGCCAUGCUGCUGCAAGAGAAUGGAUGAGAGCAUAUUGAAGGCAUCACACAGAACUCCCAUGUCAUUAAAGCUUGCCUGAAGGUUGCGUCAAGUGACAGCUUGAGGUUGAUACGGUAUGGACUAGGUAUGAAGAGGUGGUUGAAGGGGUGUGAUUCCUGUGGAGACAAAAAUGGUACAGUGGUCUGGAAAAAGACUAGCACUAGUGAACGAUGACUGGAGCAGCAGAAUUCCCGCAGGAUGCUGCUGCUCAUGUCUGUGCAGAGUGUGUGUGCGGCCUUUCCCAUUAUGCAGCAUGUGGGAGGCCAACAGAGCUGUUCAUGAGGCAUGUGUUUUUUAAAAUGCUGCCCCCUAGCAUUGGCAUGCUCUACAUGACUGCCCAUGAGCUUACUUGGUCUUAGCAGGAUAAAAUACUCGUGUCAGUUACCCCCCUCCCUGCCAGGACUGAAAAGUGAAACUGGUCUGGCAAUCUCAUUGUCAGCAUGUUUGCCAACUGCUGUACGAAGCCGUGGAAUUUUAUCACACUGGUCAUCAGUCACAUGUGCUAAUCAUUUUCCCGGAUCACUGUGCAAGGGUCGUUCGUCUAAGGUAUUUGCUUAAGGUGUGGCAUCUGAAAGCAAGUUGCUUGGUGCAAUUCUUGGCUCGCUGUUGUCUUGAGUCUGUCGCUUUUUCGCAUUUCGAUGGGGGCGAAAUGCGAGAACACCUGUGUACUUAGAUUUAGGUGCACGUUAAAGAACCCCAGGUGGUCCAAAUUUCCGGAGUCCCCCGCUACGGCGUGCCUCAUAAUCAGAACUGGUUUUGGCACAUAAAACCCCAUAAUUUAAUUUUUUUUGAGUGUGUCGCUUUCUUUGUAACACUUACAAAGGAUGAAAAUGAGUGAUUUGUUUGAAAAGAACACUUUUUAGUGUGACUGCACCGGUUCAUUUAAUAGAAGCAAAUAGAGGGGGAAUGUUCUGUAGUAAACAAACGCAAUGUGAGACUAAAAUUUGCUUGAAAAAGAAAUGUCAGGCGGCUGUACUGUUUGACUUAAAGGAACAGGACACAGAGCAGAACAUGCAGUAAAUGUUUCCCCGACAUGUCUUGAACAUUGAGAAUCUCAGAGGCCCCUUUAUUAAGGGCAGUGGGCACUAUUUCUUGUGAUAUUGUUAAUCUGAAGUGUCUAGUUACUUAAUUAGAAUUUUCUUUACGAGUAUGUGUGACACACAGAAGUCAUUUUUCUUAAGGCCACGCUACACUCAUGUACACCCGUGAGCAAAAGUAUAUGGACCAGGGGUUGUGCGAUAAAGCCGAUUUUUUCCUCUGCCUGUGAACGCAACUUGAAAUUGAGGACUGCAGUCCAAACUUGGCAUUACGAACUUUUCAGUGUACCAAUUAAUUCCAGUUUAUGCUUACUAAUUGCGAAGUUGAGUUUUUUCGGCGACCCUGUGGUCCGUAUACUUUUGCUCACGGGUGUACGUUUGGGUAAAUUUGGGUAAAAAGAAACUUUGUUGUGAAACUACAUAAAUUGAUGCUCCAGUUGAAAAACAAAAUAGAUAUUAUGCCAUUACAGGUGUAGGCCGAUUCCUUGAGUUUUAGCAGCAGAAAAAGAAUGCUGGUGGACCAUUUGCUUUGUCUACAUAAGGUUUUGUCUGCCUGAGUGUUGUGAAGUUAUGCACUGAAUGUGAUUGUGAAGUACUGCAGUUACUGCCACGUGUGCUGCUUGACAGAUUUGCUUUCUGCCAUUUCUAGUUUAAGGGAGCUUUUGUAAUACAUACAGCUUAAUGGGUUGCAUGACAGGGUAUUAAGAUGCUUCAGAAGUCAAACAGGCCAAUCUCCGUCAGGGGCAGGAAUUCAAAUGCCUGCAAUUGUUGUCACUUUGUUCUGGUGGUGUGUAUUGCCUUAUUGGGCGUGGUGUGUUAAGCAAAGUGUGCAUACGAGUCUUGUGCAAUAUGUCUCUCCCACGUCUUAAUUGCCCAACAGAAUGGGAGAGUGUCCUUGCAGCUCCAUCACGAUCCGAGUUUGUUGCGACUUUUGUAGUUUCUAGUCUUUUUCUUUCUUUUUAUCUGGAGGUGCGAAUGCUCGUUCGCAGCUCAUCGCAUGAUUACGUUAGCAUUUUAUAUAUUGCCAGCAGAAGUGGUGCAUGUCACUUUGAGUGUGCCUAGUUGUGUUUAUUUGCAUUUUCAAUAAAAUAUGUGAAUGCGCACUGAA